AUGAGGAAAAUGGCUAGUACUAAAAUCGCAUCUGUUCCUAAUUACACGAUUUCACAUAACUUCGCACACAAUCACAACAAACAUGUUGACGAAAAUCUAACCGCUAUAAGGCACUUGCCACAUUCGAUAGGCACAAAACCAUUGGAAAUCAAUACACAAUUUUAUUCUGACCUUUUUGACGCAAAAUAUCACAACAUAAACGAAGAUAAUGGGAAAUUAAAAUCUGCAGCAAGUCCUACAAUAUUUGCUGAUGAUAAUGAAAUGAACCUCAUUUCAUCCUUCUCUAGUGGAAAUUCUUUGGACGAAUUCUCGCUUGGUAUGAUCAAAUGGCCCGGUUUAGAUGAUUCCAACAACUCCUUUGGACCAAAAAGUAAUGAAAACCGAGUUUAUUACUUUGAUGGAGUUGGAAGUGAAUACCAAGCUAAUUCCAAUGGCAAUUGGUCGCCAUAUGGUAACCCAAAAAAUUUAUUACUCGAUGAUUUAACAUCAUUUGGUGAUGGAAAUCUAUCGCCAUUUUCUGAUACCAAUAUGAGUAAUGCAAUCUCUAUCAACAUAUGUGACAAUACACAUGAUUCUAACAACUGUCGACAUAUGAUAUCAAAUUCCGACUACUUUGAACCUUCAAUGUUCUAUAGUAACAACAAUAACUAUGUGAAUGCUUGGUCAAAUAACAAUCUGAGUCUGGAUAAUGGAACAGAAGCACCACCACUGCCAAAUAUGUCACAACAGGAAAUUGAAAGUAAAGCAAAAUUUUCAGCCAUCAUAGAAUCAUGUUUCGACCUUUUAAACAAAGGAGACUAUAUUUCUGGCUCUUUUACGCCUUUAAUAUCUCAAUCAGAUAUGCACAAGUGUCUCAUACAUGUUAUACAAUCGCUAUUAGACGCAUCUCACGAAAUUGACAUUAUAUUCUUAUACCAGAAGGUAUUUGAGAAGUUCACCCUUGAUAUUAGUAUGUUGGACAUUCCCAGUGUUGGAUCUUUUUUGCAUAAUGAAGGAUAUUGUAAGCCAUGUGUUUUUGCCAACAAGAAAACUAAGACAUGUGAAAAUGGAUCCAUGUGUUAUUUCUGCCACUACGUCCACAAGGACGUGCGCCAAAGAGUCAAAAGUAAGAGAAACAAAAAUCCGUCUAAGAAAUCAAAUUGCAAGACUACAAAUGGGUCCAAUGCCGCAGUUACACACCCGUUCUGCAAUUACUCAGCGAAUUGUUGCCAACAUAACCACUAA